AUGAAAUACCUCACACUAAUACUCGUUCUCGCUACCGUAGCUUUUGUUUCUGCUACACCAUCUCGGCUACACGACAUUACGAAUCUUGCAGUGAGGGAUGUUACCGGAAAGUAUGAUGGACUUGUAUCGACAAACGGUACCUGCGGCGAUUCAGACUUUGCUCUAUGUCCAAAUAGCACUAUCUGUUGCCCUAACGGCGCGGCAUGCUUAACUGGUGGCUGUGAUCUUCAAUGCACUACCGAGGAUAUAACUUGUGGUAGUGAAUUCGCAAAUAAAUACUUCAUGUUUAUGAUAAACGGUGACGUAUUCUCUCCAAGCAGCGAUACGGCAAUGAUACGGCAAUGA